AUGCCUUCCACCGCCGUCACUAACCUCACCCAAGAGCAAUACACCGACCUCAAAGAGGUCUUCAAGAUCUUCGAUCGCGAUGGCACAGGUAUGCCGUCCCACACUAGCGACAUCAGCCCGAGCGAGCUUCAGAUUGCGAUGAAGUCGCUCGGUCUUAAGCCAAGCCUUGAAGAGGUUAAGGAGAUGAUCAAGGAGAUUGACACGGACGGUGACGGCCGUAUCGAUUUUGACGAAUUCCUUGAGAUCAUGGCUGCUCCAGCCCGCCCCGUCGGCAGUACGGAAAACGAACUCGUCGCAGCUUUUGAAGUCUUCGACAAGGAUGGAAGCGGUUCUGUCUCCUCCAGCGAGCUGCGCUCCGUGCUCAUCUCGCUGGGCCAGAAGCAUACCGAUGACGAGAUCGACGAAAUGGUCAAGCAUGCCGACCUUGAUGGCAACGGCUCCAUCGACUAUCAUGAAUUUGUUCAGCUCAUGGCGCCUAAGAAAUGA